AUGUAAUCUAUAAUAAAAUUAUAACAAUCUCUUUGUCUAAUAUCAUUUCUGAAUUGUGAUAUAAUAAGCUUUCCACAUCAAAAUCAUAGCAAGAAUUGCAUUGUAAAAACCUUCCUUAUUAUUUUCCAUUAUUUCUCCAUAGUAUCUAUUAUCUAGAGAAUCACAAUCAUAAUUAUUAGGAGGAUUAGAGCUAGGAACUUCAAAAAGCUGAAAUUAGUUACUGAAUUUUCCUACUGA